AAGGACCAGACAGGGGAGAAAGCAAAGCUUCGCGCCCUUCCAUUUGCCCCCAGGGGGAAAAAAAACAGGGUCGCAGAAAAGAGGAUUUACAAUCCAUUUGGACGGUAAGAGCUUUGCAUGGAGGGAGAGGAGGAGGAGAAGUGUUUGCAAAACAGAGAUUUGUGCCUCCAAGUCAGUCGUGACCUCUGGACAGUUUCCUGCAUAUUUCAUGGCCCCGUUUUCCGAAGGGGUUUCCCUCCCUUCCCCUUUUUAUAAGGGCCGAGAGAAGCGAGCGGUCGGAGUCCCUUCUGCUGGCUUUGCAUGCAAGGCUUCAACUCCGUGUGUAAGGAGUUGGGUGCAAGGGGUGCAAGGACUUGUUCUUAACUAUGCAGCCAUAGAAAUGCUAUUAAACUGUCUUUUAAAUUAUACUGUAUUAAAUUAUGAUUAGCCAGAGAGACCCUUUGGCUCAGUGAUGAAAGCACAAGGCUUUGAAACCAGGAUGUCAGUGCGUUAUUUUAUUUACCAGCUGAGCUUCAUCAUUUCUGGACUAUCAGACUUUCCGUACCUUGCCAAGAAUUGUUAUCAAAAGCUACUACGCAUGUCCAUCCACCCACAUUCCUUCACACACUUUUUUUCCUUUGUUCUCUUGCCACGGGUGCCCGUUGCUGGAAAGCAGCUGGCCCGAACUAUUUCAAAAGGUAGCAAUUAUCUUUCUUAGUUAGUGAGGUGUUUUAUUUUCUUUAUAACAAAUAAAUGAGUUUUAUUAGAGAACUUUUCUUCGGGUUUUCUUUUCAGAAUAUUGCAACUUGGAUAAAGCCUCGAUCCAUCCUCUAAUCAGGGUGAUUUGUCCCAGAGCCAAUUAUGAGAUUAAUCAAUGCCCUGACACAGGAGAUUAACUUUCUAGUCCUACCUUUGGCAUGAAAGUCUUGAGGCCAUCCCAGUUCUCAGCCCAAUCUACUUCACAGGGCUGUUGUUGGGGGGAAAAGAGUAAGAAGGAGCAUUAUGUAUAAUUUCUGCCUAGGGUAAUUUACAAAAGUAAUACAGAAGACAUAAGAAUAAAAACUAAAUUUUUAAUAGAAACUAGGAAGUAGAAAUCAAAUACUCAUUUAAAUGUAUUUUCCAAUAUUUUGAUAGACAUUGAUCCUGAAGGGUUCAAGGCAAAUUUCCCCAGUUGUAGAGAGAGCAAGCUGGCUAAUAAGAUUUCCCCUCAAACCUUGGUGGGUUCAUACAAAUUUCUUUACUUAAUCUUCCCUCCCCUCCCCUCCUCCCCAUUUUUCCAUCUCAGAUACAUCAAAAAAAAAUUUCUGGUUCUUCGGGAAUCUUACAAAUCUUGUCUGGGAAGAGAGAGCUGAAUGGCCUUGGAAAAUUUGGCCAGACCUCUUGUGAACAGAAAGACCAACGGAGACCCGUGGGUGCAUUUUGGAGCUUUUUUAGAGACCAGAGAGAAGAUGGAGGGACAACACCCAGCAGAUACAGAAGUUAGAAAAGGCCCUCCAGCUGCUCAGCCUUGGAGCUGUGGGAAGAAUGGGGCAAGUCCUGGGCAGAAGAGCCACGAAGAGGCAUCCAACACUUCAGGGGUCCAAUGCUGUCACUUCACAAAAGUGCAGUUUCAGGAGGGGAGCCGUCCCCGAGAUGUUUGCACUCAGCUUCACUACCUUUGUCGUCAGUGGCUGCAACCAGAAAAACACACCAAGGCUCAGAUGCUGGACCUGGUGCUCCUGGAACAAUUGCUGGCUGUCCUUCCCCCAGAGAUGGCAAAAUGGGUGCGGGAGUGUGGAGCAGAGACCAGUUCCCAGGCGGUGUCCCUGGCUGAAGGCUUCUUGCUGACUCAGGAGGAGGAAAACAUGCAGGAAGAGUUGCAGAAAUGCACGGAAGCUGUGACUGAGUAUCCCAAGAACAGGAAAAGUUCAUUCAAAUGUUCUCAAGAGCUGCUGUUCAUGGAGACCUUACACAAAGAUCAAACUCAGGACACCACUCCAGAGAGUAGAAAGCUGUCCUUGGAGUUUUUAGAAUCACCUCUUUCUGAUGAAGUUGAAGGAUUAGCUGAACCGCUACUUCAGGAUGUUGUGUCUUUUGAGGAAGUGGCCGUGUAUUUCUCCAAGGAGGAGUGGUCUCAACUGGAUGCUAACCAAAGAGAACUCCACAGAGAAGUCAUGCUGGAGAAUUCCAGGAAUCUGGCUUACCUGGAUAUUAGGAAGACUCUGAGGAAGAGGCUGAAUGGACAGAGCAAGAUCCUGGCUACCAAGAUUCGUUAUUCCCUCCUGAACCUGGUCACUGUGUUCCCGAUGGCCCUGAGCUGCUAUAACGAAGACCAGAUGACCUCUGGGAGGCAUGUUCCCUUCUUAGAGAUAUGCCCACUUGUGUACUGGAUUUGGCUUUAGUCUAAAUUGAGGGUAGGGAGGUAUUGCCAUCCAGAAAUUCCCUCUGACUUUCAAAAAUUCUGCUCUGUAGACAAGUGGAGAUGAGACUUUUAUUGAAGUUGGGAAGUGCUGGGUAUGUUGCUGCCCCAUUAUGACACAGUUUCCAGUGCACUUUGGGAGUUUUUGGCAGCAUGGAAUAGUCCCAUAUGAAAGAUUAAAUCAGGGCUGUGAUCCAAUCCUAUUAUAUGGGGAUCAUUUCACUUGGAAAUGGGUCUUUGCUAUUAUCUUUGUUUGGACUCUUCAUGUUUGCCAACAAAACAGCUGAAAUACAUUGACGAUUCAGAAGAAAAGUUUUGCUUGUUCCCCUAUUCUUGGUACAGUUUUCAUUUUUCUUU